GGCGCGGGCGUCACUUCCUGCCUUUCUCUUAGACUCCAGCGGGUGCACGUGCGGCCCUGCGAGUAAUUUUUGUUUUUACCGCUGCCUUGUGCCAGGCCGCAUUACCAUGAGCUUGCCGCUGAACCCCAAGCCCCUCCUGAACGGGCUGACAGGGAAGCCAGUGAUGGUGAAGCUGAAGUGGGGGAUGGAGUACAAGGGCUACCUGGUGUCUGUCGACGGCUACAUGAACAUGCAGCUUGCAAACACAGAAGAAUACAUAGAUGCUGCAUUGUCAGGACACCUUGGUGAAGUUCUGAUAAGAUGUAACAUUGUCCUGUACAUCAGAGGAGAAGAAGAAGAAGAUGGAGAAAUGAGAGAAUAAGUUUAUAUAUUUCUGGAAAAUAAAGAUCAGUUUUCACCAAAAAAAACCCCAAAAAACAAAAAAACAGUGGAGCUAUAUGUAAAGAUCCAUCACUGAAGAGCUGGCUCUAAGUAUCUGUGAAUUCCUGCCCAUCUUUCCUUUCUUCAGUUACUGCUUUACCAGGAUUCAUUAACACACCUCAUUGAGUUCAGGUAGUCUGACAUCUGAUCCCUUUCCUAAUAAACUCCAUGCUUUAUUGGUAAGGCAGCAGCCUUCCCCAUCCCCAGCCACUCUCUC